GAUGCCUUCUUCCCUCAUUCUCUGUCACCCCCAUUCCACCUUUGACCCCUUUCUCCUUCUCCCUCCUCACUUAAUCACAUGCAGGGGAAAGGAAAAGGGUGUCGGAGCACAACUAAGAGCUAAAGCUCUUAGCUAUUUAUUUUAUAGCAAUAUAUACAUAGGUAUAGCCCUUUCAGGUCAAGGGGGUGGAGUUCUCCCCAUUUGCAGGAAGAGCUCCAUCCUCGGUCUACAAGAUCAAACCAAUAAAUAUAAUGGCCUCCAGCCCACAGUCUUCGACAUCGAGCACCAAGCAGUCGCCACCACCACAAGCAUCAACUUCGUCACCAAAAUCAUCUACAAACUCACCCUCGCCACCAAAUAAGGGUGAAUCGACUUCAUCCCCCGCAACGAAAUCAUCGUCAUUCUCGCCGCCGCCACCAAGAAAAAGUGGCAGUGCCUCUUCUAGCUCUAAAGUUGGGAAGAAGAAGUCGUCUUCCUCAUCAUCUUCAGAUAAUACAAGUGCUGUGAUCACCGGCGUGGUGCUUGGGGUGGUGGGCUUUGCCCUGUUGUUGUCCAUCGUGGCGUGCGUGUGCUGCGCUAGGAAGAAGAAGAAGAAACGUCCGUCCCCAAUGAACAUGCCCUUCUACACCGACGAGAAAGGCAAUGUGUAUUACGCCAACGCUGGUCUGCCGCCCAUGUGGCAGCAAUAUGGCAGCAACGGCAGCAUCCCUCCUCAACAAGGAUGGCACCAGCAGCACGGCCCGCUAUCGCCAUCGCCGAUCUCGAUGGCGGCGCCCCUGAGCGGCGAGAUGUACUCGUCCGGCCCCCACGGCCCUCCCCUCCCUCCACCGUCACCGAACGUGGCGCUAGGUUUCUCCAAGAGCUCCUUCUCCUACGAAGAGCUCGCGGCGGCGACGUCGGGCUUCUCGUCGGCGAACGUGCUAGGGCAGGGCGGGUUCGGGUACGUGUACAAGGGCGUGCUCGCCGGCAGCGGGAAGGAGGUGGCGGUGAAGCAGCUCAAGUCCGGCAGCGGACAAGGGGAGCGCGAGUUCCAGGCGGAGGUGGAGAUCAUCAGCCGCGUGCACCACCGCCACCUGGUGUCGCUCGUCGGCUACUGCAUCGCCGGCAACCAGCGCAUGCUCGUGUACGAGUUCGUGGCCAACAACACGCUGGAGCACCACCUGUAUGCCAAGGACGGGCCCGUCAUGGACUGGAACACCCGCAUGAAGAUCGCGCUCGGCUCCGCCAAGGGCCUCGCCUACCUCCACGAGGACUGCCACCCUCGGAUCAUCCACCGCGACAUCAAGGCCGCCAACAUCCUGCUGGACACCAACUUCGAGGCCAUGGUGGCCGACUUCGGGCUGGCCAAGCUCACGACGGACACCAACACGCACGUGUCCACGCGCGUCAUGGGCACCUUCGGCUACCUGGCGCCCGAGUACGCGUCCAGCGGGAAGCUCACGGACAGAUCCGACGUCUUCUCCUUCGGCGUCAUGCUGCUGGAGCUGCUCACGGGGCGCCGCCCCAUCGACACCACAAACUACAUGGAGGACAGCCUCGUGGACUGGGCGCGCCCGCUGCUGGGCGCCGCGCUGGCGGGGGAGACGGGCUUCGCCGAGCUCGUCGACCCACGCCUGAGAGGGGAGUACUCCGGCGAGGAGGUGGAGCGCUUGGCGGCCUGCGCCGCCGCCAGCACCCGCCACUCGGCCAAGCGCCGCCCCAAGAUGAGCCAGAUCGUGCGCGCGCUGGAGGGCGACGCGUCGCUGGAAGAUCUGCACCGGGACGGCGUCAAGCCGGGGCAGAGCAUGCUCUUCUCCGGCGGUAGCUCCGACAGCAUCUCCCGACUAAGGCAGAUCGCCUUCGACAGCGGCGAGUACGGCGACUACACUUCGUCGGACUACAGCACCGACUCCUCCAUCGGUGGCCGACCACCGCGCAGGGCAUGAUUUAUAUAUAUCAAAAAAAAACUUAUUAAUUAGCACAAAUUAAAGCUACAGCCUACACAUAUAUGUAUAUAUACGCAAAUGCAAAUUAGAUUGAGCGAGGGAGAUCGAGAGAGCUCUUUAUAUUAACUAAUUAAUUUGAGGGAGAUCGAUAGUUGAGCGACGGAAGCAAGCGAUGAGAUCAUGUGCGGUUCAUGGUAUUGCUGCGCUUGUGUGAUAUACACAUGGAUUUUACUGGACUGCUGGUUCCUCGAUGGUUAUACGUACGCAGCAUCGACUCU